GUCCCAGGGCGUUACCACAAAGACGGUUACGCUGCAGGGCCCAGCCCAGUGCACGCCACGGCACCGCGUGGCAAUGGAAUUCGCCGAUCAGCAAGGGUGUCACUCGUAGAUAUUACUGAAGAGAAGUGCGACGCCGCCCACUCGCUGCCCAUCUUUUCUGCUUUUGUCGUUUCUCGUUUGUCGUUUUCUGUCCGUGAUCACAAAUCCAAGGCUCGCCAGCCAUGGAGGAUCCUACUCUUCUCAUCCACUGGCUCUUCAGCUGCCUGACGCUGGUCAUCAUAGCCGUGCGGCUGGUGUGGAGAAAGGUGGCCAAGCAGCCGUUUAACCUUGGCGACUACUUGUCCAUGGCCGCGGGCGUGUGUGCCAUGACUCGGCUUGGCCUCAUCCACGUUGUCCUGUCUUACGGCACCAAUAACCUAUCUGCGGCCGUCCGCAAAACCCACGUCUUCACCGCCACAGAUAUCGCUCACCGGACCAUCGGCAGCAAGCUCUCCAUCACUAACCGCGUCUUCUACAACUCCUAUCUUUGGCUGCAGAAGUUGGUCCUCCUUGAUGUGUACCGCCGCCUACUACUCAACUUGCGGUAUGAGAAGGUCACCAUCUACUCGUUCCUCUUCGUCUUCUUCGGAACCUACGUUGCCUGCCAGGUGACGACGUUUAGCGAAUGCAAACCCUUCCACCUGUAUUGGCAGGUCGUCCCCUCGCCGGGAACAUGCGUCCAAGCUCAACUCCAACUCAUCGUCGUCGGUGUGCUUAACAUCGUUACGGACACGAUGCUCCUCGUCCUCCCGAUCCCCCUGGUCCUCGGCCUGAAGACACCUUGGCAGCGUAAACUGAAGUUGUACGCACUCUUUAUGCUCGGUAUUUUCAUCAUUGCCAUCACUUGCAUCCGUCUCCCGAUCAACGCCCAAAACAAGGACAGCCAGAUCAGCCGGACAACGUGGGCAAGCAUCGAGCUUCUAACGGCCGCCAUCGUGGUCAACGCCCCGACCAUCUACGGCAUGUACAACAAGCGAAACCAAGCAAAGUCGUCGUCGCGAUCGCAGGGAACAGGAGCCUAUGAUGGCCGGGGAACCAACAACGUGUCGAUUGCGCACAGGUCUCGAGCGCAUCAUGAUGAUGAUGAGGCUUACACGAUGGGACGCAUACGCAAACCCAUGGAUGGAAUUAUUCAGACCAAGGAGGUUAUCGUGGCUGAAUUCAGGGACACGGAGCGACGAGGCCCAUAUGCAAACUUGCCAGAUGACGUGGAGAAUGCUUCCAGUCAUGGUAGCCAAAGAGGAAUUCUCAAAGAUUAAAAUAAGUUACUAUAAUAUCCACGUACACGUAGGGAUUUUCUAAGCCACGGAUGGUAUCUUUUAGUACAUAUUUAAUUCUCACCCCUCAGUGUCGCCUUUAUUAA